AUGUCUUCUGAAGAUUCUACCAAAGAAAUACGUCAUCGAGGAGGAACUUCACCUGAAUCUAUCGACGUUUCUUCUUCCACCUCAGGAUUUACUCGCCGCAGAAGAAUUCGCAAGUCCCGUGUACAAAGACUUUUUUCUUCAAUAAAAUGGGUGGUAUUAGCUUGGUUUAUUACAUUCUGGUUUGACGUAUAUGACGGGAUUACAGAGGUUCUGGGGCGAGAAGAGUCAUAUUCAAGAACCCUUUUUCAUUUGUCUUUAUUAUCAUUAUCAAUAACUUUUGGGAUAUUCUGUCACUUGCAAUUUAUUCGGCCAAUAUUUCUUGGCGAACCACCGCCGAAUUAUGGAGCAUUGGAACAGGAUGCGACUUUGCGAAAAUAUAUACCGAUCGCUGCGUUUACAAUGUUAUUUGGAUUCGUGGGAUUAUGCGUGAGUUUAUGGGAAAUUUGGCACUUUUGGUCUCCUUUAAUUGUUGUCAGUUUGAUUUGGAGAGGACGGAAUACUGGCAAACGGGAACAUUUCUCAACCUCGUCUUGGUUCCCUUUAACUAAAAGGUCCGAGUUGAAUUCGGAAAUUUACUCUGAUAACGCGACUAUUUUCCAAAGCGAUAUAAGUCUGUUAUCUGAGCAAUGCGACUAUAUAUAUGACCACGAGGAUCGGUGCGCGUUUGUACGCGAGCAUUGUGAAAGCUUUACAUCUGGAUUGUUAAAUUAUCUCGAUUUCUAUUUCUGUGGUUUAAAUACUUUGAAAUUUCCAAUAUUAGUGAUACUCUUUAGUUGGCUGCUUUUCCUCUUCGGAUUUGUUGGUGUUGCUGCUUCCGAUUUCUUUUGUCCUAAUUUAAGUACUAUUGCUGCAAAACUUCAUUUAUCGGAAAGUAUGGCAGGUGUAACCUUUUUAGCAUUUGGAAAUGGAUCCCCGGAUCUUUUUAGUACUUUUAGUGCUGUAACAAAUAAUUCAGGCUCUCUAGCCUUAGGAGAACUCAUCGGCGCUGCGAGCUUUAUUUCUUCAAUAGUUGCCGGUUCUAUGGCCGUAAUAACACCUUUUCGAGUUACAAGGGUUCCGUUUAUUCGUGACGUGUUGUUCUUCACCGGGGCAAUUGCUAUUGUCUUUUUUAUUAUUAUGGAUGGCGUGAUUCAUUUAUGGGAGAGCGCGUUACUGGUUAUUUAUUAUUUUAUAUAUGUUAGUGUGGUGGUGGUUGGUGCUUGGUGGAUGAAAAAUAAAAAGAAAAAAAACUGGCUUGAGCAGAAAGCAAGAGAAGAAUAUACAAAUUCAUUGGAAGUUAGGCAAACAGAUUAUCUUGGAAAACACAUAGAUGAGGAAUAUGAUGAUGAUCAAGAUGCGUAUGGUUACAACACAUAUAGUGAGACAGAUCUUUUAUUACCAGAGGUAGAACACGAUGUGACUUAUGAUGGAACAACGAGUCCAAUCUCAAUGACUUCACUUGCUCAUCAUGCAGAUAAUCCGGAAUCAAAUGAAUAUUUCACACCAUCCUCAUAUAUAUCUAUGAAUGAUGUUGUUGAUCAAUCGUUGGGCUUCCAUCACCCGUCAGCGCGAUCCGCAGGAAGACCUUUACAUCGUGGGUUGCGACCAUCGCUAUUUGGAGCCAUCGAGUUUCGAGAUGUAGUGAAAUCUCUGAAAUUAGAUAGUAAUGCCAGAGCGCUUGGUGCAUUUGGGCGUAGUUAUACCUUCGAUUUCUAUAAUAGAGGACCCGGAACUACUAACCUAACAAGAAGUCGAACAUUGCCAACCCCUAGGAACGAUAUACGUCGAAGACGUUCAUGGGUUAACUUUGGAGUUUCAGUGCCAAUUGGUCAAUUAACUGAUGCAAAUAGUGAACGUCCAGUUCCGAGACGACAUCAUAGUACAUCUGAUUUACAUAAUAGCGCACAAACAUCAUCGACUCUAUCCCCGGUAAAUGAUGAUAAUCAACAUUUAAGGGUGCCCUCAGAAAGUGACAGACGCAGACCUCCGCGUUUAUUGUUGAUUCCUCCAACCCCCCAAGAAGGGAGAAGUCCGUCACUUUCUCCCAGUAGGGUCAACUCACCAUUGCUUCUUACAAGCUCGCCAGUUUCGAUGUCACCUAAUCAAUAUCCUUUUCCAGGAAGUCGAUCACCUUCUGAAAUCUCUCUUGAAGAAUCUCCUCCACUUUCUCCUACUUCAGCUUCAGAAUUACCCGGACCACCACCUCCGUCGCCUGCACCGUCACUUUCAUCUCCUACACAGUCUUUCACUUAUCCAUCAAUUAAAUCAUCAUCUCGUCUAUCAAAUAUUUGGGACAAUAUCCAACCAAUAAUAUUUCCAUCCCUCGAAGGAUUCUCUAAAAAAUCUGCAUUCGCCAAACUCAUUGCAUUGUUGGCAUGUCCUGCUAUCUUAUUGCUCGCUCUUACAUUACCUGUCGUUGAUGCUGACGAGAUUAAAUUGCAAGAAGAAGAAAAAAAACAAGAAACUAAUGAAUCCGAAAUUCCCACUAUUAUAAUUGAGGGCCAAGAUCUUCCGAUUGAAGACACGCCUGAAGAAGAGCCAAAAGAUCAACGUUGGAAUCGUUGCUUAACCUCGACCCAGUUUCUAUUGGCACCAAUUUUUGCUGUUACAGUAUUAACGCUUGGAAAUGAUACGGCUGGGAAAUAUAUAUUAUAUUCCUUCUUCGUUGGUAUUAUAUCUUCAAUACUGUGCUAUUCGUGUACAAAAGAUGAUGAACCGCCACCUUUUUAUACGUUCCUUUGUUUUUUUGGAUUUGCUAUUGGAAUGGUUUGGAUUUUUCUUGUUGCCAAUGAGGUCGUAGCAUUGCUUCAGGCGCUCGGAUUGAUCAUGGGUCUGAGUGAUGCUAUCUUGGGCUUGACAAUUUUUGCAAUGGGAAACAGCUUGGGUGACUUUGUCGCCAAUAUUACUAUCGCAAAGAUGGGUUUUCCCAUGAUGGCAAUGAGUGCUUGCUUCGGCGGUCCGAUGUUAAGAAUUGGCAUAAGCGGAUCAUACAUGACACUAAAAACACAAAAACCCUAUACAAUCACGGUUUCACCUACUUUAUUCAUUUCCUCACUCGGGCUAUCUACCACCUUGAUUUCAUCUCUAUUCUAUCUGCCACGAAACGACUAUCGUAUGACCAGAGAAUGGGGAUACUACCUUAUUUCGCUAACCCCGUAUUCAUAUCUCGCCGGGAAUUUACAUCCUUUAGCUUCAGUAGUUGUCGCUUUCUCAUUGUUAACCAUCGGAUUUAUUGUGACUAACGCCGUAAUGGUGAAAUUGUUUGGGAAAGAUAAAUUUAAGCCGGCAGGAAAACAUGCUUAUAUCACAGGUGGUAGCACUGGACUCGGAAAAGCACUUGCUGUUCUUCUGGCAAAGAAAGGCGCGAGUGUGACCAUAGUUGCACGCGAUAGAAUAAAAUUAGAUACAGCUUUAGAAGAGAUUAAUGCUGCACGCAUCAACGAAAAUCAAAUAUUCAAUGCAAUUUCUGCAGAUAUGACUAUCCAUGCAGAAGCUGUUCGUGCCUUAGAUGAAGCAGCAACGAAACAUGAUGGCAAGGUUCCAGACUUUAUAUUUUGUUGUGCUGGUGCUGCUAUCCCGGGCACAUUUAUUGAUCAAUCUAUUACUGAAUUCGAAACUGGGAUGAAACUUAAUUAUUUCGGAACUUUGUAUACUGUUCAUGAAGCUGCACGGCGUAUGGCACAACAAGCUGUCAAAGGUAAAAUUGUCAUGGUCAGUUCGGUCAUGGGAUUUAUAGGGUUUUUUGGAUACAGUCAAUACGCGCCGACUAAACAUGCCAUACGGGGUUUGGCUGAUUGUCUUCGUAAUGAACUUAUACUUUAUGAUAUCAGUGUUCAUUGCUAUUUUCCCGGGACUAUUCGGUCGCCUGGUUUAGAGAACGAAAAUAAAACAAAGCCAUUAAUUACGAAACAAAUCGAAGGUGUGGAUGAAGGAUCAACACCAGAGCAGUGUGCAGAGGCAUUAUAUAAAGGUCUGCGAAAAGGUCAAUAUUUUAUUACAUCUGAUAUAAUUGCAAACAUAUUAAGGGCUGGCACGAGAGGGGUCGCACCAUCAAACAAUAUUGUUGUUGAUGGUCUGCUUUGCUUCGUUUCUUGGAUUGUCGCUGGUCCAGCGAGGAUUCUUGGCGACAAAACUGUUAGAGAUGCAAAAUCGACACAUAUACUUUCUAAUGAAAAUAAUUCUUUGACUAAUCCAAGUGAUCCACAAGCUGCUAAAAAAUCUGAUUAG